AUGUACCGCUCAGCAAUCGUACGCCAAGCACGGCUCCUCAGCACGACGGCACGGCUCAACAAGGGCCCGAUUGAGACAGCGAAAGAUGCUCUGAAGUCAAUAGACCGAACAAUUUCUGACGCCGCAGUGUCAGGCAUCGAGAAAGGCGAACAAGCCGCCGCGUCGAUCAAGAAGCAGAUGCCGUCAGCAAGUGACGUGAAAGGAAAGGCGUCGGAGCUGUCGGGAGAAGCGAAGGGUAAAGCAAGCGAGCUUGAAGGCCAGGCAAAGGGCAAGGCCGAGGAGAUCAAGGGAAAGAUGCAGUAA